CCGAGCCCACGAAAAGGGAAAAAUAAUAUCACACUUUUGCGUUGCUUCCGCUCUCCCGUCCCGUGCGGUGCCAUGGCGCUCGUCUCGCUCUCGCUCUCCCUGCCGUGCGCGGGCUCGGGCGCGGCGCCCGCCUCGUCGCUCCCUCUGCGCGCGGAGCUAAACGCCCCCUCCUCGUCCUUACGCCCGCUCGCGUCGUCGUCGUCGUCGCCGCGCGGCCGAGGGAGAGCGCUGGGCGGUGGUGCCGGCGGCGGGCUUGCUCUGGCCGCGGCGCAACCGGCCGGUGCCUCCUGCUCCGGACGCCGCGGGGAGAGGUGGAGGGUGGGCGUGUCGUCCUUCUCGUUCCUGCCGUCGUUUUUCGCGGGGAAUAAGGAGAAGGAGGACCGCGAGAAGGCGGAGAGGCUCAAGGAGGAGUUCCUCGCCGCCAUCAAGCCGCUCGACCGCGGCGCCGACGCCACGCCGGAGGACAAGGAGCGCGUCGAGAAGAUUGUUCAGCAACUGGAGGAGGUGAACCCAGUGAAGGAGCCACUCAAGUCUGAUCUACUCAACGGCAAAUGGGAGCUUCUCUACACCACCUCAGAAUCCAUACUGCAACCAAAGAGGCCAAAGUUUCUGAGGCCAUUUGGAACGAUUUACCAAUCAAUCAAUACGGACACUUUAAGAGCUCAGAAUAUGGAGACGUGGCCUUAUUUUAAUCAGGUUACUGCCAACUUGGUACCUCUCAAUUCUAGAAGAGUGGCGGUUAAGUUUGAUUACUUCAAAAUAUUUAGUUUGAUUCCAAUCAAAGCUCCUGGAAGUGGUAAAGGUGAACUAGAAAUUACAUAUCUUGAUGAAGAGCUCAGGGCUUCAAGAGGCGAUAAGGGAAAUUUGUUCAUACUGAAGAUGGUUGAUCCAACCUACAGAGUUCCAUUGUCAUAGUAUCUUCAAUGCUGAUGUGCAGUACAGUUACUACAGCAAUUAGGUCCCAGCUAUCCCAAGUAUUCCUUUUCAGUUCUGAUGAAUGUAACUUGUAAGACAUGUAAAUAUGAGUAUUUGAGCAUAGUUCUUAUAGGAUACAGCACAUCAAAAACAGGCUCAACUUGAUGUAUAUAAAGCAAUGCAAUUGUGGGUUCAUUCAUAAAAAACCUAUAAUGAAUGUCUGCUUAUGGUUUUUAA